GGCGGUACCAAUUUCCGCACUAACCGGUGUGUUGGCAGAUUUCCUUCGCAGGCUUGUUGUGGUAGAAAGGGAAAGGAGCUCUGGAUGUAGUGCGCUAAUCUACCGCAGACUUUGCGCCGCAAAACUAUAUCUGAGCGGAGCCUCGAUCUGAGAGGCUGCACACCUAACCAGUCUGCUAUGAUCAGCUUUUUACUUCUGUGAUGUCAUGGUUCAGGGACGUGUAUGAAAAUCUGACAGUCAAGAAAGAACACAAACAACUACCUUAGGCAAAUAUAGGCUUGGCGUAUGGCUCUACCCCCUAAUGACCUGAUGACCACCCGGAUCUCCAUGCGGUCCCUGCCCUCCUUGGCCUCCAUCAGCAGUGCUAGCACUGACCCUCGCUUCCAUUUUAAAUGGAGGGCCAUCACAGUGAUCGCUAUGCUAGUGUUGGGUCUGCUGCUCUAUCUGCACCAAACUGCAGGGGGCACUACAGGGGAGCCGCAACUCUUUUCAUCAUUUCGUCAUAGUGACGGUGCACGCCGGCUGAUUCGGGAUGCGACUGCCAAAAAGGAGGCCAGUUAUAACCACACAUACCCUCUGAGUCCACCUGAGCACACAGCUAACGGUGUCCGCUACCGCAUAGCUGUGAUCGCAGACUUGGACACAAAUUCGCGCAGCACCAAGGACAAUACCUGGUUCAGCUACAUGCAGCGAGGCCACCUGAUAGUGUCAGACAAUGGGGAACACAUGGAGGUAGAGUGGGACCCAGACAAGGUGGUGCUGGAGAGCCAUUUAUCAGAAAAAGGUCGUGGGAUGGAGCUUUCCGACCUGGUGGCAUUUAACGGACGUCUGUAUAGUGUGGACGACCGAACAGGUGUGGUGUACCGCAUCGAAGACAACCGGGCUAUACCCUGGGUCAUCCUGCCUGAUGGUGAUGGCAGUGUUUCCAAAGGUUUUAAGGCGGAGUGGCUGGCAGUGAAGGACGAGCACCUGUACGUAGGUGGGCUGGGGAAGGAGUGGACAACCACCACAGGUGAAUUCGUGAACAACGAUCCCCAGUGGGUGAAAGUUAUUGGCUUCCAGGGUGACGUGCACCACAAGAACUGGGUGUCUCAAUACGUCGCCUUGAGGGGAGCAGCAGGCAUCAAACCACCUGGUUAUUUGAUACAUGAGUCGGCGGUGUGGAGCGAGCGACGUCAGCGCUGGUUCUUCCUCCCACGCCGUGCCAGCUCCGAACGCUACGAGGAAACAGCCGACGAGCGCCGCGCUACCAACCUGCUCCUGACCUGCACAGCAGAUUUCAGCCACAUCUCAGUAACCCGAGUCGGGCGGCUGCUCCCCACUCAUGGCUUCUCAGCUUUCAGGUUCGUUCCCAAUACCCAUGAUAAAAUCGUUCUGGCACUAAAGUCUGAGGAGGACGCAGGUAAAAUCGCCACCUACAUAACUGCCUUCACACUGGACGGACGAGUCCUGCUGCCUGAGACAAAGAUCGGAGAUGUGAAGUAUGAAGGGCUGGAGUUUAUUUAAUUAUAAGAGAGUGGAUUUCUCACAUGGAGGUCACUUCUGAGCAUCUGUGCAGUGUCAUAGAUAGAACAUGUCAUAAACACAUCAGUUUCUCUUUGAUAUCUCCGUAUGCAGUGGUUUAUUUGUGUCCUCAUGGAGAUUCAGCCAGUGGAAGCACCUGAAACCUGGGCUGUCAUGGGCAGGGAGAUCAAUGAGGGCAAACAAAACACAGACAAUCCUGCAUGGCAAGCUAACCAGCCAGCUCACAGAGCUUACUCGUUUGUCGUGAGGUCUUAAACGUGGGCCGAAGGUCUUUUAUCAACAUCUCUGUGAAAAACAGUACUGCUAAAGACUCAGGGUUUUUUGUUUAAUGCGAACAACAUGGACUAACUACCCAAACUGGAAUGACAGGAAAGACAAAAAUUGUCUUUUUAUUAAGUGGACUUGAAAGAUGCAUUCAGUGAUGCAAAUGAAUCAUGUUCAUUUUCGUAUGUUUUUAUUUAUGUCUUUUAAAAUGAUCAUGCAGAUAUUUCUAAAAAUUCACCCAAAAAUAUUUCGAAGCCAAGGUUUGCAGUAGUUUUACGAAAGCUACAGCAAAGAUAGAAAACCACGUUCAUCAGACAUUACUGCGCAUAUAUCUCUUAUUAUAAAUUUAGAAAUGUCCUUACAUACACUAGUAGAGUUAAUAAUAAUGUACAGUAAUAAUAAUAAUAAAAUGAAUCAUUAGUAAUAAGUAAUAAUCCUUCUAUACACUCCAGAAAGAGUUUAAUCAUAAACCAGAAUGUUCUAAACUUUAAGGUGACUUUAACAAUGAGUGUCUUAUUUCUGUUUUAGUGUGAUGUUUUAAAAUCCUGCUGAAAUGCAUAUAUGCUCAAUGAAUGUUGCUCUUCCGAUCAUAGAAUAUUUAACAGCCUUCUUCAUCUUGGACAAGAAAAUAAAAACGAAAGAUGCUUAAAACA